AUGUCAAAUGCAAGCCUAGUGACAACCUUCUUCCUCACCGGACUUCCACACGCACCAACAAUGGACACCACACUAUUUGGCCUCUUUCUCCUCAUUUAUGUGCUCACCGUGCUGGGGAACCUCCUCAUCCUGCUGGUGAUCCGGCUGGAUUCCCACCUCCACAGCCCCAUGUACUACUUCCUCACCAACCUGUCCUUCGUUGACAUGUGGUUUUCCACCGUCACUGUGCCCAAAAUGCUGAUGACCUUGAUGUCCCCAGGUGGUGGGGCCAUCUCCUUCCCCAGCUGUGUGGCCCAGCUCUAUUCCUUCCACUUCCUGGGGAGCACCGAGUGUUUCCUCUACACAGCCAUGUCCUAUGAUCGUUACCUGGCCAUCAGUUACCCCCUCAGGUACAGCAGCAUGAUGAGAGGGAGAACGUGCGCUUUCCUGGCUGCUGGCACUUGGCUCACUGGCUCCCUGCACUCUGCUGUCCAGACCACCUUGACCUUCCGUUUGCCCUACUGUGGGCCCAACCAGAUCCAGCAUUACUUAUGUGAUGCACCGCCCAUCCUCAGGCUGGCCUGUGCAGAUACCUCGGCCAUCGAGAUGGUCAUCUUUGUGAACAUUGGUGUAGUGGCUUCUGGCUGCUUCCUCCUGAUAGUGCUGUCAUAUGUGUCCAUUGUCUGCUCCAUCCUGAGGAUCCGCACCUCAGAGGGAAGACACAGAGCCUUUCAGACCUGUGCCUCCCAUUGCAUAGUGGUCCUUUGUUUCUUUGUGCCUUGUGUUUUCAUCUACCUGAGACCUGACUCCAAGGAUGCUGUGGAUGUGGUUGUGGCUGUUUUCUACACUGAGCUGACGCCCUUGCUCAAUCCUGCUGUGUACACCCUGAGGAACAAGGAGGUGAAGAAAGCUCUGUUUAAACUCAGAGACAAAUUAACACAUUCUCAGAGCAAUUAA